CACAUCAAACAUUUGAUUAACCAAAUCAAUAUAUAGUUUGAAUAAAAAAUGAUGAUUCCCCACACCUCAAACUUGUUUCUCCUUUUCUUCUUCAUGACCUGCACCACCCUCAUAUGUCUGUCUUCAUCAAGUUGUGGUAUCCCAGACCAGUACAACUCAAUAUUGGGCCCAAACCUAGACAAGCUUCCAUCACAGGAAGAGGCCAUGCAACUCUUCCAACUAUGGAAGAAAGAGCAUGGAAGGGUCUAUAGAGACCUGGAAGAGAUGGCAAAGAAAUUUGAGAUAUUUGUGUCCAAUGUGAAGAAUAUCAUAGAGUCAAAUGCAAAGAGGUCAUCACCUUCUAGCUACCUUCUGGGUCUCAACCAGUUUGCUGAUUGGAGCCCCUAUGAGCUCCAAGAAACCUAUUUACACAACAUUCCAAUGCCUGAAAACAUCAGCGCUAUGGAUCUGAAUGACUCGCCCUGCAGUGCGCCACCAUCCGUAGAUUGGAGGCCAAUAGCUGUGACUGCAGUUAAGAAUCAAAAGGAUUGUGGAAGUUGCUGGGCAUUCUCUGCCACCGGAGCUAUUGAAGGAGCAAGUGCAUUAGCCACGGGAAAACUGAUAAGUGUCUCCGAGCAAGAACUCCUGGAUUGUGCUUAUAGCUUUGGUUGUGGAGGAGGAUGGAUUGAUAAAGCCUUAGAUUGGGUUAUAGGAAACCGUGGCAUUGCUUCCGAGAUAGAUUAUCCUUAUACUGCAAGGAAGGGUACCUGCAGGGCCUCAACGAUUCGAAACAGUGUAAGCAUUGAUGGAUAUUGUCCCAUAGCACAAUCAGACAACGCAUUUAUGUGUGCAACUGCUAAGUACCCUAUUGGUUUUUAUUUCAACGUGGUCAACGACUUUUUCCAAUAUAAAUCCGGAAUCUAUGAUGGUCCCAAUUGUCCAGUGAGUUCUACAUUUAUAAAUCACGCCAUGUUAAUAGUGGGAUACGGUUCAAUAGAUGGUGUAGGUUUUUGGAUCGUGAAGAAUUCUUGGGACACAACAUGGGGAAUGUGUGGUUAUGCGUUGAUCAAACGGGACACAAGUAAACCAUAUGGGGUUUGUGGAAUCCAUGCCUGGCCGGCUUAUGCCGCAACCAAAUGUAUUGGAUCAGUGAACCCAAGUAUAAUUAGUUCCAUUUGAGAUCACAACACUUUUAAAUAAUUAUAGGCGUCUCGAACAUGUUAAGGAAUAAGUUACUGUUUGAUGUGUACAGAGUUUGUUGUGUGUAUCUAGCCAAGCUUUCUUGAUGCUGUUUUGAACACGCGAGUUCUCCACAGUAUAUACAAGGGUCUUAAGCAUAAAUAAAUGAAGAAAUAUGGAACUUCUCCUCAUUGAUGUAAUAUAUGUUGUGAAAAUAAAACAGUUGUAUUAUGAACCACAGAAUGAUGUAUGAUGUUUUCUCAA